AUGGUCUUUUCCGUCAUUUCCACCGAGACACGGGCACGACUACAGAUAUCCACAGCAGCCACAAGCCCCGAAUCUGCCCCACCAGAGUCGAAAUCGUCGCAAUUGCAAGAUGCAGCCUCAAAAGACGAUGACUUCUUUUGGACAUAUACCGAGGAGCCUCAUAGAACUCGACGACAAGCUAUCAUCAGAGCGCAUCCUGAAGUCACCAAAUUGUGUGGACCAGAGCCGCUCACCAAGUACCUUGUAGUGCUGGUUGUCCUACUUCAGAUCUACUGCGCCUAUGCUCUUUCCUCGACACCAGUUCUGUCAUGGAGAUUCCUCAUGACAGCCUACAUUGUUGGUGCAACUGCCAACCAGAAUCUCUUCCUUUCCAUUCACGAGAUCAGCCACAACCUUGCCUUCCGCUCAGCAUCUGCGAAUCGAGCCAUUGCAAUCCUUGCAAACCUACCAAUUGGCAUUCCCUACUCAGCUUCUUUCAGACCGUAUCACUUGACGCAUCACAAGUCGCUCGGUGUUGAUGGAUUGGACGCAGAUCUGCCGACACCUCUAGAAGCCAUCUUUCUCGAUUCUCUGCUUGGAAAGGCCUUCUUUUGCACAUUUCAGAUACUGUUUUAUGCCAUUCGACCAAUGUUCGUAUAUCAAGUACCUCUGACAAAGGUCCACUUCGCCAACAUAUUCGUGCAAUUGGCGUUUGACGCGUGCCUCGUUCGAGCAUGCGGAGCGAAUGCGCUGAUAUAUCUCAUUAUGAGUUCUUUCCUCGCAGGCUCACUUCAUCCCUGUGCAGCUCACUUUAUUGCCGAACACUACGUUUUUGAUGCUCCUGCGACAGUGCCCAAGCAACCCAGCAAUGUACCAAUUCCAGAGACUUACUCCUACUACGGUGGUCUCAAUCUCCUCACCUACAAUGUUGGAUAUCACAAUGAGCACCAUGAUUUUCCAGCAGUGCCAUGGAGUCGACUCCCUUCUUUGCAUAAGAUUGCAAAGGAGUUCUACGAGCCGUUACCUUACCACAAGAGCUGGACAUUGGUGCUGUGGAAAUUCAUCCUGGAUAAGCAAGUUGGGCUUUGGUGUCGAGUCAAGAGGGCUGAGGGCGGCCGUCUUGUUGGGUCAUGGAAGGAGAGCGAAGUCCAAAACUAG